CUGUCAUGCGCCAGUCAGUGCCACCUAACAGUGCCACCUAUCAGUGCCAUCAGUGCCACCUAUCAGUGUCCAUCAGUGCAGCCUAUCAGUGCCCAUCACUGCAGCCUCAUUAGCGCACAUCAGUGAAGGAGAAAAAUCACUUAUUUACAAAAUUUUAUACCAAAAACUAAGACUUUUUUUCAACAUUUUCAGUGGUUUUUGGUUUGUUUAAAAAAAAUAAACCCAGAGGUGAUUAA